AUGCUUCAGUACUUCUCCGAUGAUCCAGGCGUUGGCCUGCCCAUCAAGUUCUAUUUGAUCUCUGGCGCCUGGUUGGCCUCUGAGCAGGAGUUCCUUGGCUUGGUCCUGCGUAUGGAAGUUUGGGCGCUGGAGUCCUUGCGGCGCGGGGGCCGCAUGGAGGCGGCCACCUUCUCCUCGGUCGAGGGCGUUGUGCACCGCUUCAUGUCCAUGGCUCUCGACUUCGUGCGGUCUUUGGCAGAGGACAUGAGCCUGAUGUUCCGUGCGCCCAACUACGUGCCACGGGAGCUUACGCCGGCAGGAGCCGCAGACACAAAUGAACAUUUGGCGGAGGGUUCGCCCUGGACUGUGGACGUCUUCCGAGAUUCCUUGGAUGGGCUGACAUUGAAGCCGGAAUUCCUCAGCAUGUUACUCCAGAUGCCAGCUCCACUCUCCCACGCGCCGCUGCAUCCGGAUUUCAAGGUCUGCGAGUCCCUCUCUGAAGUCAUCCCGGUUCCACUUGGAACGUCCGCAGAGUUCCUGGAUGAGUUCGGAGGCUGGGCACACAGAGACGUGACAGGGGCCCACAGACGCGACGCAUCUCCUUUGCAGCUGUUGCAAGCGGCUACCAGCCGCGGUACCCGCUUGUCUAACCUCUUCAUCUCAGUACAGGUCUCCCCCUACCUCCUCACACCGAAGCCUUUCUGCGGGGCCAAGCUCACUCUUUACGAUCCAAGCCACUGCCUUGUGGAGCGCAAGUGGGCUGGCUACUUCUUUCACCUGAACCCGAUGCCGCCCUUCAACGUCUCCGUAGUAUAUGUUGGCCGGCCACUUGGGCCGGGCGCGGACUUGCCUAGCUUCGAAGUCCACCACGUCCCUGUGCCCUCCAUGGACACACAGUGGAACAGCCUCGUGCCAGCCUCAGCCAAGGCAGUCCUUCCCUGUGAGGGCACAGCAGGUCUCUUGAGCAGUCCACAUGAACCAGCCGUGGGCUUUUGCAACUGCUGGGAACACGACUUUCGAAAGCAAUCUCCGCAGCAUCUUUGA